CAGCAAAGAGUUGCUGUUGCAGCCGGGGAUCAUAAGCAGGAACGAGAAGGAGAAGGUCCUCAUCGAGGGCUCCAUUAACUCCGUGCGCGUCAGCAUCGCUGUGAAGCAGGCUGAUGAGAUCGAGAAGAUCUUGUGCCACAAAUUCAUGCGCUUCAUGAUGAUGAGGGCCGAGAACUUCUUCAUCCUGCGCAGAAAGCCCGUAGAGGGCUAUGACAUCAGCUUCUUGAUCACAAACUUCCACACGGAGCAGAUGUACAAACACAAGCUGGUGGACUUUGUCAUCCACUUCAUGGAGGAGAUCGACAAAGAGAUCAGCGAGAUGAAGCUCUCUGUCAACGCCAGGGCCCGCAUCGUGGCAGAGGAGUUUCUCAAGAAUUUUUAGGCCGUGGUGCAGGACCCCGUGGCUCCCCAAUGCUUGUGCCCGCCGGGCACCGUGCCUG